AUGACAACAUAUUCGGUGCAUCCAGGAGCAGCAGCAGCAGCAGCACCAGCAGCAGCAGCAUCCCGGCGUCUUGCGCCACCACAUCAUCAUCAUCAGCAGCAGCAGCAGCAUCCGCGUCAUCAUCAUCAUCAUCAUCCGGCCCCGUCACUCGACCCAUCUUCACGUGUUGUCGCAGUGCAGCGUCUGGUCAACGGUACCACUACCAGUAGCAGCAGCGUUUCGAUCCCGGUCGCCGUACCACCAUACGACGUAGCGGCGGCGGUGGCCGGUGUGCCGCCACCACCAAAUCCGGCACUCGCCAACGGUACCAUCUGUAGGCCGUCCUCGUCGGACUGCGGUGGCUCGUCCUCGGGUCUCGGUGGUAUGACCAGAACCGAUAUCUGGAAGAUAACGAUGGUUGAUGUGCUGGAAACUGCAUCACCAGGUGCAACAGGCGAGCAGCAGCAGAUCGCAUCAUUUCGCUGCUUUCUUUUUAAAUUUGUUUAUUUGCUACUGCUGUCUCGAAUGUCAUCAUCAUCAUCCAAGCCCAUAUUUCCUUUUCUGUCUGCAAUCGUCGUCUCGCCCCCGAACACCACCAGUUCAACUGAUAUGUCCGUUCAUUAG